CGGUCAGACCUGUGUGUUGUCACGUGACGACGACGAACACCGUCGCGACGAGGCUUGCCCCUAAGUCUCGAAGGGUGGAGGAAACCACCCUUGUCCUCCUUGGGGUGUCGCGAACCAUCGCGCCGACGUGACACCGUGCACCGUGUUCAAUCACUCGGGUCCUCGGGGAUGAGAUUUUAUUCGGCCGAGGGCAGCGGGACGAUGUAAAUACGCGUCGAGAUCGAUAAGGGAGCACGAGGGAGCGCGGAGGCUCCCGUAUUUCGUUUGCCGUUCGUCGGUCGUUCAUGGGAAAAGUGGGUCGACCUACCGCACGUUGGUGGAAGUUAUUCAAUGAGAGACGAUAUUCGCAUUUAGAAGAGCACGAUGAGAGGUGGUGCUGGUGAUGGUGACGGUCCAUCUAUAGUUACCGUUCCCGCUUCGGAGUCCCUUAAUAUUCUGACGGCCGAGGAUAGCAUGAGCGACGACGUAUUCGAAAUGGACGACGAUCGCUCUUCCACCGUCACGAAUGUCGUUUCCGGAGGCCUCACGCCCGCAACCGUGGAACGACCCCUCGAGAAGACACCCUCACCUACCGGAUAUCGCGAUUAUAAGCCACCUGCCGAGGUGCUCAGCAACAACUACAGCACGACUUUUAGGACAACGAGCGACUUCGACAACUUAAGAAGCGCUUUGAAGAGGGAUCAGGAGAAAGAAGAUAAUUUCGCGCACAAGACAAUUCUCCUCGGUGAUAGCGGAGUUGGUAAGACUUCGUUAUUGGUCCAGUUCGAUACCGGAAGAUUCCAGCCGGGAAACUUCGCGGCCACCGUGGGUAUCGGUUUCACGAACAAAGUUGUCACCGUCGACGACACGCCGAUCAAGCUGCAGAUAUGGGACACAGCCGGCCAGGAAAGGUUCCGAAGCGUGACGCACGCUUACUACCGAGACGCACACGCGCUUUUGCUGCUGUACGACGUGACGAAUAAGACGAGUUACGACAACGUCAGGGCUUGGCUGAGCGAAAUCCGGGAACACGCGAGCGAGGAUGUCGUCAUCAUGCUGCUGGGUAACAAGUCCGACUGCGGAACGGACCGUGCCGUUAAGCGAGAAAACGGCGAGCGAUUAGCGCAGGAGUACAAAGUGCCGUUCAUGGAAACGUCUGCCAAGACUGGCCUCAAUGUCGAAUUGGCGUUUCUCGCCGUUGCACGAGAGUUGAAGGCUAGAAAAAGCGACAACCCUGAUGGGGCGAAAUUCAACGUUCAGGACUACGUGCGUCAGCAGUCGCAGCAAAGCUCCUGCUUCAACUCUAGCUGCCUGACAAUCUGAACUGCUUUCCCUUUUUUUUUUACGUUAAAUUAAGAGGAUACGCGAACUGGAACCGCGCAUUGGUCGCGAGGAGAUCCGGCGCGAAAUUGCCAUAUCGUGAGCCAGGCAUUCAUUUGAUUUCCGCGGGAGAGAACAUCGGUGUAACAUUCGUCGCGGGACGGUAUAUAUACAUUUUAUACUCGAUUCAUAGACUUUGCGAAUAAGCCACAACGCAGGCAGAUCGAUCCAGAUUCGUCGGGUGAAUCAGAAUCGGAACCGCGGUGGCGGAGAGAGCGGUCAAUAUAUUUUCGGGAAACGCGAGGCAUUAUUUCGUUCAACGGGGAGCCGUAAAUGUUAACGCAAACCGCGAUAUCGAAAGAUCGACGAGUACCUACGAUCGAAAUGGCUUUGCGCUCUUAGAAUAAUCAGGGUCAGAGAGCUGAAUUUUUUUUUCGACAUAGCGUCAGGGGAAACGCGGAGUUGUUGUUAAACGUUAUAGGCAAACAUGUGUCAAUGAUUACUCGCACACGGUUUAUAUUAAUGUGAAUAGUUCUAAGAGGAUAGAGAGAGUUUCACACGCAGGAUAUCCCCGUAGGUAAGGCUUUAGCUUGAUGGUUCUAAUUUCGCGUACGCCACAUCCGCGUACAUAUACCUAUACAUAUAUAUGUAUUAUUAAGCGUCCGGAGCGAUUAUUACGAUCGUUGAGCAUAAGUUGUAACGUCAAUUGUCGUACACCGAUUCCGUAAUCGUUCGUUACGUUGUGCUCCAUUAGCGCUCGCUGUUCGCAACAAAGGAGCGCGAAUAAUCUUCGAUUUGCAUACAAUAUGCUUGUUACGAGUUAUAGCUCGGCGCGUUUGCAUUUCUCUCGUGGUGCCUGCGUCCUGCGUGAGCGAAUAAAAUGUCAAUGCAAGCUCGGUCGACGUACCAAGUUGCGAAGUAGUGCGUGUCGAAAGAGAGAGAAAGAAAGAGAGAGAGAAAGAAAGAGAGAGAGAGAGAGAGAGAGUGGGAAGGAGAAAAAGGGAGAGAGAAGCUACAUCUCGUAGGAAGAACGUGAAAACGAUUCGCGGUCUUUGUCGAACGGAGUGACGUGCAAACGCGCUCAGGUUUUCCUAAAAUCCCUUGCUUUUUAGGCCUUCCUCUCUUUUUGCCCUGUUUUCUUUCUUCUUCUUUUCAGCCGAGAGAACGUCACGUCUAUAAACAUCGCCAAACAAACUGCUAGUUUUGAAAGACGAAAAUGAGGCAAACGAAAGGAGGGUAGCGGUCAUUUUUAACGAGUCCAAAAACGUCGUCACCGUCAUCACCAAACCGCGAAAUCUUUUUUUAGAGUAGACGGUGUUUACUACCAAUGAUACUUCGUCGGAUGCCGUUUGCCUCGGACCGACUCGUGACUAACCGUGACACUGUUGGCAGUCUGUAGAAAUCUGUGAAUUCGUGAUCGUGAGCAUGUUUUGUAAUCGACAAACUGAUAUUUAUGUAAUAUUAGAGAAAGAGAUACUGAUGCCACUUAACCGAGGGGAGAAUGGUUAUCCGCAACGUAACGUAGGAAUCAAAGAAAUUUAUCGAUCGUUAUAUGUUAUAUGUCAAAGUUCUAAACAAAGUUGAGGAUCGCUGUCCGUUGAAGAGUCAAUAAGCUUAACACUGUUUAAAUAAAGCUCUAUCGAUGUUACUGCGAAGGACCGUUUGAGCACUCUUGAUUUUUCUAAGUCCUUAUUUUGCGAUAGAAUUAAGGGAAGUACCGGGGACGCGCGCAAGCGUUGAACGUUAAUUUUAUAGCAAACGGAAAUCCGUAUGAAGAAUUUUUAGAGUCGGCGGAAGAUUGAAGGAAAUAUAUCACGUGUGUUACAUCUUGAUGUAUGACAAGCAAUCUGUCUUACCUGCAGUGUACAAAUGACAAUUUCGUGUAUCAAAUGUAUAUUGAAGAAAUAUAUGAAAUAAAAGUCGACCAAAUGUACGAUG